AUGGGAUUUUCUUGUGUUUUCAUCCUCCUUUUUCUCUCCAUUUCAUUCCAUCCAACACACGGCAACUCAGAUUUGAUCCAAAAGACUUGCAAAAACACAAACUACUACGAUCUUUGCAUAUCAUCGCUCAAAUCUGAUUCCACCAGCCCAAAAUCAGACACAAAGGGAUUGGCGGUUAUUAUGGUUAAAGUUGGGAUUUCAAAUGCAACUGCCACAGUUUCUUACCUUUCUACUCAACUUUCAACCUCUACAAAUGACACAUUGAUGAAGAAAGUAAUGAAGGAAUGUGCACAAAAGUAUGCUUUUGCAAGUGAUUCACUUCAGAAUUCAGUUCAAGAUUUGGGUGCUGAAUUGUAUGAUUAUGCUUACAUGCAUGUUAUGGCUGCUGCUGAUUAUCCAAAUGCCUGUAAAAAUGCAUUUAAGAGGUACUCUGGAUUGAUUUAUCCACCUGAAAUUGCUGUUAGAGAAGAGGGUUUGAAGCAUAUUUGUGAUGUGGCUAUGAGUAUUAUUGAAAAUCUUCUAGCAACGAACUGA